AUGCAAAAUAAAGAUAAACUGAAUAAGGUUGGUUCUUCUGCUGAUGCUGAAGAUGUUAAAGUACUCGAGUCUAAUCUCAAGACUAAGCACGUCCAUAAGUCGCAUCAAAUUACUAAUGUUUCGAAAAACAAAGAUUCGGUUGACACAGAACAGCAGUUAUCAAAAGCAGAUGAAUCCAUUUCUCAAAAGCCUCCUGUGGUGAAAAAAAGAAAGAAAUUGUUGAAAAAGCUACCUCCUCUAGACACUCAUGAUUCUGCCUCUGAUAACUUAAGAAGUGUUCCAUUGGUUGAAAUAAAACAACCUUCGUUAAAUAAACCAUUGAACGUCAGACAACAAGAGGCCGAGAAUAAAGUCGUAGUGACAAAAGAAGCGCCUGUUACUUCGAAUAUACCUUUAGCAUCAAUGAAGUAUGAACAGCCGAGACAAUUUGCAAGAUCACGACCUAGUUAUGCCCUGCCAGAGAGGAUGCAACGUUUACGAAGGACAACAGGAUUAAGUGAACCGUCAACAAGCCCUGAAUUGAGUUUAAGUGAUACAAGAGGCAAGGAAAAUAUUGAUCAGAUAUCUGGAUAUGACUUUUUUGUGAAAGAAUGGUUUGAUAACACAACUGGAAAGGAUUCUGCUCUUGUGUUUAUUUCAAAUUCUGAACCACAAAUCGUAUCAGGUGCCGGUGAGAGACAUUCUGCUGGCGAUGGAACACAGUCUAGAAUGACUAAGACUAAACGACACAAAAGUCUUUUUAAAAGAACGGAAUCAGUGAUGGAUGAUACUUCAGUCGAGAUGUAUCAAGAAACUCAGCCGCUUCUGGGAUUUGUGGAAAGAAGUAAACAAGAUCUAUUGAUAUUUGGCCGAUCAGAGUAUUUAUCCAGUCAAGAAAGAAUUCGAAUUGAGUCAAAAUUUUUAUAUGAUCCACCUGAUACAGAAGUUCCCCUUGAAUUGAAAAUUGGAGGCAAACUUCCACGAUAUAUGGAAGAUGAAGGGUUUUUUAUUGGCAAACUACCUUAUGUGGCUCCAACGAAUCUACGUCAUUUGGAAAAUCGUAUCAUCAAUGAAGUUCACAUGGAUGUGUCUGGCUUGAAAUCUAUAAAUGACUAUCAGUCGGCAGACAAUGAAAUAUUGAGUGGAGCUGUCAGCGACCAAGAAAUGGAAGUGAGAAAGAGGCUGAAAAUUCAGUCAUGGUUUCGUGAAGAUGGUAUGUUGGAUUUACAACCUAACCCUCUAAAAAAUAUCCCUUCAAGGCCAUCUUUAUGGAAUGAUCAGUUAAAUCCUCUACCCGAAAAACUUCAAAUCUUCUAUGUACACCCUUUAUCACCUGAAUUGACGCAUAAUUAUUUUCUGAGCAGCAGUCAAGCCGACAGUUUAAAAUCCCAACAUCUCUCAGGUUCUGGACUGAAUUUAUCUCGAUUUGGGAAAACUGGUGCUGGAACUAUGGAUACGGAUUGUCGUUUGGAUGUCGAUAUUCGACAGAUUGCCUUUGAUUUCCAUCCCUUAUUCAGCUUGGAGCAUGUUCACGCACAAAAUCUACGUCAAAUUGUUCAAAUCUAUGAAUUAACACUUUCAAGGGAUCAAGUUAAUGCUUGUAUUCAACGUAUAAGCGCUUUGAAGAGAGCAUUGAGACAACUUGAAGGUAAACGAAUCGCUAAUGAGACUACUUAUAGUGAAGAGGAACUUCUUGAUAUAGAUUACAGGAUAGAAGAUUACUACCAAGAAAUCAGUUUAAUGCGUCCCCUACGGGCAUGGAAACGUAUCAAAGAGACGCGGAAAAGAAGUGGUUGCACAAACACCACAGUUCGACUUAAAAUUUCAAAACAGUUGACAAAUAUUGAACAGGAUCAGUUGGAUUGGGAUAAUGAGUUGGAUGAGAUUGUCAAAGAAGCAAAACAUGAAUUCGAUGGGAAAUUUCAACAAGCUCAAAAUAAGUAUGACGAAGAAUUGGAAAUUUAUAAGAAGGAAAAAAGAAAACAGGAGGCAGCUCUUCGACGACAACGUUUACGUGAAUCAGGUCAAACUGGUGAUAUGGAGGAUAAUGCAGAAGUUGAACGUGAGGAUGCACAGGUUUUAGCGAAGAAAACGUUGACGAACCCACCGACAAAACCAAAACCUUUUGAUUCACAGUUUGUUAGAGAUGAAGCAGAAAUAAAUUUGAAGAAAUGCAGACGAUUACCUAAUGAACCAAAAAUCACCGUCAGUCUAGCUGAAGAUACUGUGAUCUCAUCGAACAAUGAAUGUCCUAAGAUGGAAUUGAACCGUCGUUUAAAGAUGCUUGAAUAUACUUACUUCAUUAAAUUAUAUUACAAUGGUAAAUUGGUUGCAACUACUCAACCACAACUACUCACGCAUCAAUUUACACUUGACUUUCGUUGGAUUCUUCCGAUACAAAUUCGCAACCAACCAGAGUCGAUUGUAGCAAAAUUAUUCGAAAAACGUGGCUGUCAUUCCCAUCAAAUAACUGAAUUUUACAUUACCCCACCAAAUUAUGAAGAGAUGAGGUCGUCUUCAGCAGAGCGAAGUAAUAUUCCACUGGAAUUAGAUUUACAACGUCUCCGUUUCACAAUUACCACUGGUGCAUCACUUAAACUUGUCCAGAGCAGCUCAAACCAGAAUGUUUCCCCUUCGUCAGCAUCAAUGUCAUCAUUUGUUGGUGCACAGCCAAAGAUUUUACUGGAAGAGUUAGAUGGUUCUGGUGAGAAAAUGGUUUGUAUACCGAUAACUGGUACAUUAUAUACAACGGUCAAAUGGGUGCCGACAAAUUAUGAGUCAGCUGAUACUAUAGAUAUUGAAAGAAACACUGGAUAUCUGCAAAACAGGUCUGGAUAUUCCAGAAGUUCAAUGAAACAGUAUACUGCUAACUUGCAAUCAUUUCUUUAUCCAGCAACAUCUUUCUUACAUUCAAUACAGAUGAAUCAGUCGAAUCCAUUAUUUUUAAAUGACACAUUGAAGAGUGAUGAACGUGAAAACUUUAAGACACAUAGACUUGAUCCAAAUAAUACAAUGGAUGCGAAAUUGUUAAAUUUGAUACAGACUGUGUCAGGAAGUCAUCUUCUACCAAGUCAAGUACAGAAUACAACAGGACCAGAAGUACUAUUUCGAACUAGAGCUGGUGGAGCGAAUUACUUUCAUUUAGACUAUUUGAUUGAACGUUUCAAUUUUUGCACUGAUGAAGAUUUAGACAAUUCUAAGCGUUUACGUUUACUCCAUCUUAGACAAAAUCGUGUGCCAGGAUUUCAAAAUAUUAUUAUACCAUCAUUUGCAAGACAUAUUCCAGAGGAUAUUUUUGAUUCAUUGAAUGAGAAGAAAGAUCCUGAUUCUUAUCAUGGGACUCUGAAAGGCAUGAAAGCAUACAAGCAAAAGCAUAAAAUGUAUAUUGAAAAGAUUAAAGCUGAAGUUAACCAACAUUUCCAAGAAGCGUUGAAUAAAAAAUCGAUUCGUGAAAUUGUCAUUGAGGAAGAAAUACCAAAUAUUUUAUUUUUACUGCCAAUGUUAAGAAGAUUAUUUGAGCCUAAACGUCCUCUCAGACCAAAACAUCAAGAACGUCGCCGUAUUGGACCACAGUAUGUUCAGGAUUCUUAUCUAGAAUUGAUUGUUACUAUACACGGGGCUUAUAAUUUACCUAUUCGAUGCAGAAAAAGAAGGGACCAGUCAGAUUACGGCGAUAAAAAUGGAGUUAAAAAUGACCCUUUGAAACCGUUUGUUGAAAUUAAAUUUCAACAGAACAAACGAUCCACUAUUCCGUCGGAAGGGAGAAAUCCAUGUUGGAAUGCAGAAUUUCGAUUUUCCUUCAUUUUGACACCCGGAAUUUCAAAGUUGGAAUGCAUGAAAGAUCCAAUUAUAAUCAAUGUGUAUGAUCAACUUACAUUUAGUCAAACUGAAGGCGAUCAGCCUGAAUCAUCUAAUUAUAUACAACAUGUAGAACAUCGUCUUAUUGGUUCAGCUGAAGUCCCAUUGUCAACUGUUUACUUGAAUAGUAAGAUAAGUGGCAAGAUCAAUUUAUCAAUCCCUUUAAUUCUACAAGGAUAUGAAGUAGGAAAUAUUGUGAAAUCUUCAAUUCGACCAAUGAUAGAUGUUCUGAUGACGCUUGAACCAUCGAUUUAUCCACCAGCACCAUUAUUGGACUCGUUUAUCACCAUGGAACCAGUUAGUAUCCAGUCAACACUGUCAAAGUGGUACCAAAAACUAGCAAAAUAUAAAUUUAUGACUGAUAGACAAUUUAAACCAUUGGUAAUGAAUUCGAACUGUCAAGAGGUGUUGAUGACACGUUUCUUAAGACCAUUAAAUCCGCCAGAAGAAUUUCUACCAGGAAUGAAUACUGGUUUAACAGUGCCAGAAUCUAUGCUACGUUUGUCUCGUUACGUAUCACUGAUACCGUAUGAAUCAGAUGCAGCUUCGUUUCCCGGAUUGGCUCAAGUUUGGUGUACAUGUGAUCAAUUUCUAAGCAUGUUAUGCGGGGAUGAAGAAGAACACGCAGUACUCUUGGCCUGCUACUUUAUGUAUGUAUUUCAGUUCAGUACAGUGGAUAGUGACAACGCUGAUACAUCUAAUAUGCAGCCAUCGAAAAAGUCUUCUCAAGCUGCAGUCCAUCCAGUUUAUCUUUGUGUCGGUGAAGCAGUUCCUGAAGGUUGUACAGUUUACAUAAUGACGGAAGAUUUUAUUUCACAUAAGCAAACAUUGAUCUCUCCAAACUGGCGCCUUUGGAAUCCUUCCUCUACGCUCUGUCUGGGGAUUAGUCAGUGCAGAAAAUAUAUUAGCCAAUAUACACAAAAACAUGAACCAUGGGAGUUGAUUUGGGAUAUGAACUCUACUAAAAAUUGGCUGCCUGUAUUUUCGAAAUCUGGAAUCACUGAUAAUUCAAAUAUUCCUCAAACUAUACAACCAAAUAAAUUAUCUUAUGAUAUCUUGGAAUCACGUGAAGUUGAUUAUAUCAAGUUUGAAUUAGAAACUGUGCUAAGAGAUGCACUUAUGGAGUGGAGAAAAACAAAAAUAACGCGGCUUAAUUAUGAAUUUAUCAAAGAUUUUAACAAAAUGCUUGAAAGUUUAGAGAAGAAUAAUGGAGCAUAUUAUGAUGGCUUGAAUCAACUACUUGAUCGUAUUUCACUUAAAUAUCAUAUGUAUGGAUUCCCAAUGAAUUUCUCCUACAUGGAACCAGAUGAAAUUAUAGCCAGAGUAAAAUCAAAAGGCAUUCAUGAUUUGAUUGGGAGUGAAUAUGCUUUCUCUGAUAUCGUUGACCAGGCUCAACAGUUACAACAGCAAAAAAGUUCAGUUAGUUUCGCUAAAACAACGUUAAAUGGUUUCUCGGAUUCAAUAUUCAAUCAAAAACCAUCGAUUGCAUCAAUCAGAAGACUUCAGUCAGAUUCUUUAAAUGUUCAGUUUGCACUUAAUGUUUAUGUGAAGGCUUAUCCGGGACCAGUUCUGUCUAUAUGGAUUUAUUUAGCUGCGUUAUGGCGACGUACUCCUACUGAAUUACAAUAA